AUGUACGAAGGCAGCGACACGACAAAGAGGUCGAGCGACAAUAGAAAAGCGCUCCCUGCUGCGGUGGGAGAUCGCGAUCACACAAAAAGCAACAGCAGCAGCAACGGCGGUAAGUGCCCUGCAUUGCGCCACGCCCUCGUUCCGUCGGCCUCCUCCUUUUUCAGCUUAGCCAACACCAUCAGCGUCAGUACGCCGAUGAACGGUGGCAGCAGCAUCGAUGACGUUGCUGAAGAAACUGCGCUCGCUGCAGCCACCGCCGCCGUAGUCGAAAAUGGUCCUGCGGCGCGUGGGGGGAAUCAAUCGCAAGAAGUUCCCCUGGUCGACCCCAAUACCUCCAGGUCACGGCUGACACAAAUAAAACCCUUGUCGAGCGGUUCGGAAUGUACGCUGAUGCAUGCAGGCAAGUUACCGCGGCGUCACCUGGCAUUUAGCAAUCCAGCCCCGUUUCGAGAGCCUGCAGCAACAACUGCAGGCGCGACGGCGUUUGAUGGGCAGAAGCCAGCUGAGAAGUUUUCGGAAGGCGGUUCGUGCGCUUCCGCUCCUCCGCAAAGGGGGUCCGGCUACCCCUAUGAAGGAGCCCGUACCGUGGCUGGCCAGCCGUCUGCGCCGUGGCUGUCGAGUCGGCGACCUCCGACUGACCAAGGUGGGCAGACGAAGCGGAGGGACAGUAGUAGGAAUGAUGGAAGUCAUGCAGCGCCUUUAGUAGGGGCAAUGCCGGUGUCAAUACCACCGAAGCGCUCGCCCAACUACCGCACCGAAGGCAACUCAGCGACAAAUGAGAAGGCUCCGCCGACUACAUUCAAAGAGGGUGCUGCCCCCGCCAAGAGUGCCUCCCCGCCCGCUGAUCCUGCGGAGACUGCUCUCCGCAGCGCGAACAGGCUUGCGCAGACCGUGACACAAUUUGCACGGUCCGCGCUGGUGCGCAUGAGCGGCGCCAGCGUGGCAUCAUCCUACGAUUCGGAUAAGGUCAGGUCGUCUGAACACUUACAAGAGCGAUCGUCUUCCUCCUCUCCCGCCGCCCCGCUGAGACACCACCGUUACGACGAAGCGAACGACGAGGAAACGGUGCGGCAACGUCCGUCAGCAGCGGGAACCGCCGCCACGUCUUCCCAAUCGGCCAAGACAAAUGCGCGGCGGUCAUCGUCGGACAAGGCGGAUUCUACUGCCACGUCGCAUCUCGUCGCGGACUACACACGCAGCGCGGAUGGGCCGCGUGAUCCUGUUUGCGCCAAGGCAGAGCGAAGGCCGAGUGGGGCCAGCGAUCCGCUGCUGCAGCGGCGGCGCACGAGCACUUCGGCAGCGCCGUUGGCACGUGCAGACUGGCGGCCUUCCGUGCGUGAGCCGCGGCGUUCAUCCGACGUCGCCGAUGUCACCGGGACGAAGCAUGCAGGCACGAACGGAUCUGCGGACGGCACCCGAUCAUCUGUACAACUCCCUGCACGGCUUGCGUUCACCUCUCUGGAGGACCGACCACGGCGUCUUGUACCGCAUGCAGAAAGCGUGAGCAGUCCGCAGCAGCCAGCGGUGCGCUUCAUCUACACACGCGCCGGAAGCACCAGCAAGUCUGCCAGUGGGGACUGGCUAAGCUUCGGUGCAUCAGGGGACAGAGACUCCCCACCGCCUCCGACCGUAGCGGGGACGACUUCCAGCACUCCACCCAAUAACGCAGAAGCUGAGGACGCACAAGCGAGACGGACUUCGGCAGGUAAAGCCACUUCUACGCAACGACGGAGCAUAGAUGCAUCGCAGGCGUACGAGCGGGUGACCCGUCAUCCCACCGCCAGUGUGCCUUUUACGCGCUCCGCCACCUUUACCGGUGUGAUCCAGACGGACAGACAAGUCACAAAACUGCCUUCCGAAGCGAACACAAGCCUACAUCAAGAUCGUCGAUCUCACGCACAAGUUGAGAGGCUGAAGGAGAGCAAUGGGCGAGGCCCACGUGGGUCUGCCGCCACCGACUUCGACGCCGCGCCGCAGUCGUACCUGAUGCAGUGGCGCCAACGGCAAGAAGAGAAAACGAAACAGAGGGUGAAGGAGGCAGAAGCUGCGAGGAAAGCUUCUCGCAGUGCCUUCUCCACCGCGGCGAAGUCUUCAGGAAGGAAACCUCCGACUGCUAAAAGCGUCCGGGGCACAUCAGCAGCUCCCCCACCACUCACUGCAGCAGCGGCUGAAGCCGAACCGCGGAUGGCGACGCGGGCCCCGAACACCUCUUGGAAGGGAACGAAGGAGGACGAAGAGCCUGCUGCAGGUGUCAUGGUGCUACCACCCUCCCGUAGACAAGAAGUUGAUCUCCCAAAGAUGUCCACCAACGCAGCAGACAACGCAAAUAACGUACCGCCUGCCCUUCACAGUGCGUACUCGCUCAGCGAGGCACUUCGCAGUGGCAGCGUGCCGGAUACCGCCACCACUACUCCUCACGCAGCCGCUAUCGCUGAACAAACUGUGGCUGUACCUCCCCCAACAGCGGAUUCAGCUGCUGCGGCUCCUUCAACUUUCCACUCCGCCGCUUCAAGGCGCGCUGCAGCACCAUUCGAGAAGACGAGCCAGUGUGAGGGAGUUUCAGAAGGCAACUCGAAAAACAGAGCAGCAACAGCAGCGGCAGCAGUCGCCGUCUCGCCGCAUUUUGCCGCUGCCUCCGCCUCCACCUUCUCAACCAUCCCGUCCAUGAACAGCAGAAGCACAUCCCCGCGUCAGUCCACCGGACAUGUUCGAAAAGCUUCUCCCGCUUCUUUUGGGUGUUACGCCACCGAGGACGACAUCCAACACAAAUUGGUGGACGAGGGAAUUCCUGAAGAUCAAGUUCGCGCUGCUGUGUCACCGACAUCCCCAGUUCUCGAUCGGAGUCAAACCCCAGUAUGCAGAUCUGUCAAAGCGACCCCUGACCAAGUAAACACCGCUGCGGACCCGCCAAUGGAAGUUCCAACGCCUCCGAAACCGACGUCUACCGCUGCGUCCACUCGAUCCUCUGAUGUCGUGUUGUCUCGACUCAGCACCACCCUUCCCACCUCCGACUCUGAGAAAAGGGAGAAGGAGGAAAAGGAGAAGAGGAGAGAAGUAACUACCAGCACCGACGACAUACGCGAGCUCUGCCGCAGCGUGCUGGAACGUCGAGAGCAACGACUGCUGCAGCGCCAACAAGAGUCUGCGCGUCACACGACAUCGGAGCGAGAGACACCGCAGCUGCAAAUCAUCUCCCCACCGCCACCACCACCGCCGUCUCCUCCAUCACCACCUCAGCAGCCACAGCAACACCACCAGCAUCAGGCGCUGCCCAAUUCGAGUCGCACCAGUGCUGUCUCAGCAUCUGACGCUGUCGAAGGCAGUCGCAGCUCCUACAAACUGGGGAAUGACAGUGACCACGAAAAAAUUGCUUCGGCCCGUUACACCCCGUCAUGGAAAGUCCAUCUGGACGGCAGUGGAGCACUCCCUUUUCGUCCUCCUUCCUCUGUGCCUGAGGCUGCAGAGACGGAUGCGAAGACAGCUGCGAGUGGUACAAACACGAUCCCCCCUUCGCCGAUGCUGUCGGCAGCCGCAGAGCCCGCCGACGUAUGUGUGGAUUCGCCCAUCGCAUCGGCCGCAACGACAAUUCCGCAGAAGAGCGCACAGCCGUCUGGUUCGAUGGCGCCUUCGUCUUCAACGGCGAGCACCGCCUGCACCGUGGCGGCCGAGGAGGAACGAAAGGAGAGCCGCAUUUCACAGCUGCUGGCACGCCGCAGGGCUCUUGCUAGUCGACUUUCCCACAGCACGGAGCGCACACCGACAAGUGCGGCUGCAGCUAACGAACGGCCGACACAGACGUCUCAGCAGGAGACACAGCAAGGCGAGGAGGCAGCAGCGGCGCUCAGCGUGGGUGAUCACUCCUCUUCUCCUGUCGAUGACCCGGUGGUGCCGUCUUCAUGUAGCAAGGACAGGAGCCCUCAGCCCCCCGCCUUCGAUGUGUGUGCUGCCGCGAUGGAAUCGGUGUCUACGGCGGCCGGUGUCGAGCAGGCGGCACACACCACGGAGCAGCGCGUCUCGGUGGAUGCUUCGUGUCUGCCCGACCUUGCGCCGUCAGAGGAGGUAGCGUCAAAGGAAACCCUCAAAGAGCCGCUGAAGAAAGCAAUGAAAGAGAAGGCAUCCAUAGCAUCAACAGACACUCGCGCCGUCCAGCAGCCUUCAUCUACCUCUGUAGCAGGAAGUCCAACAACAACAGCAGAGCCCCAGCCACACUCUACAGGCAGCGUUGCCGCACGUCCCGUCACUGCACCCGUCGAGUCAAAGAUUGCUUCUGCUCCACCGAGUCCACCAGCAAUCACAUCAGCAGCAUCGGCUUCCAUCCCCAUUGCCGCUGCUCCACCCGCCGAGACGUCCACCAUCAGGAGCUCCCCACUUGCAAAACCAGCCUCGACGUCCCUGGCGGCGUUGGGGGAGAUUAACGUGGACGAGCUCGACAAACUAGAAGAGAGCGUCAACGCUUUACUAAAAAAAUACGGCAAGUCAUCAUCAACCGCCUCUGCAGCAACAGCAGCGGCGGCGCAUUCAUCAGCGCCGGUUAGCGGUGACCCACCAAGCAGGAUGACGGCAGCAGACGUGCUGCUCCGUCAGAUGCCGCCGCGGCAUGUCCCGCCCGCGGCAACGAAGAAAAAUGCCGUUUCAGCGGCGCCUCCUGCGCACCAUUCGAGCAGCACAGACCCCACCACCACAACACUCUUGAUGGAGAUGAGCGGCUCCUUCUCUCGUCGUCAUGUCCACAGCAGCGAGUGUGAUGACGAGGACUCACACUGGGAUGCGUCCGUGCUGUGGUGCGGCGAGGAGUCCGAGGUGAGCGAGAGGACACCGACGAUGCGCGUGCCGCUGCUAGAUCUGACGCUGUUGCAGCUUCCCACGGGGGACUACGACGACCUGAAGCCCUAUCGUAUUCCCUUGCCAACGGCGGUGCCGGCGCCCGAGGAGAACUACCAGCAUUUGCGCCAGCUGGCCGGUCUGUGUUCUUUCUCUUCUGAAUCACCCGACAACGACCGCAUCCGAUGUGGCAGCUCACCAAUGGGCGGGCGCGACUCGGGGGCCUUCCCCGCAGUGGGCGGCUCGUUCAGCUCAUCUUUUCUGAGCAAAAGCGCUACGUCCGUGGCGGAUGUCUCGCCCUUUGUCGGAGAUCGCAUCCGCCGCAUGAAGGAGCAGCCGCCCGAGCCACCAGCCGGCCUCGCCGUCCCACGUAAGGUGUGGGGUUCGCGAAGAGCGUUCUUUUCCACCGCCACGGUCGCCGGCGGCGGGAGUGAGGCGGCGCGCAAAGGGUCCUCUCCAGCCCCAUCAGCUGAAACGGACGAGGAAGCGGCGCAGGACAGUGUUUAUGAAUUCGUGGACGAGGCGCCGCAACGUAUAUCUCGUGUGGUGGUUUUCACGGACGACAGUGACGCGCUGGAUGGUGGACGGGGCACGGCGCGUGACGUGCGCGUGAAGCAGCAAAAUAAUCGGGUGCGGGUGGUGCUGCUCGACUGCGAAGAGCAGCGAGAGCGGAGGGUGGUACAGGCGGAGGAGCAGGAGGCCUUUAUCGUUAUUGACAAGAGCUAUCGACUGUGA